AUGUUAAAUUAAACCAUGACUUAGAAGCUGAAUUCCGAUUAAAUUUUACAGACCAAUAAAUUAAGAAGUACAAAUUCCAUACUUUAAUUUAAUGAAUAAAACCAAAUACUUUUAUUGUUGAAUAUUGACAUAAACUGGCUAAAAUUUUAAGCAUUUUCUUGUAAAACUAGAAGACAGUUUCAGGAUAAACUAUAUACUGAUUUAAUUAUUAGAAAUCUUACUAUUAAACAUUCCAUCCAGAAUUGGUGUAAAAAGUAAAAUAAUAUUGAAGACAUCAAAGUGCCUAUUACCAAAUUACCAUCUUAACAUACAUAAUAGUAUUAAUUAAAUUAAGGAUUCUAAGAAUAAAAAUCAGUUGUAUUACCUUUACUCAAACCUUAAUCAUAUGCAUAUACACAAAUAUAAAAAAAGUACAAACAAAUUAAAGCUACUGUACGAAAAAAAACGCCUCUACAAAUGUCUGCUGUAUAAUGUCCAAUUAAUACUGUAGAAUUUAAAAAGCCACAUAAUAAUAAAGCUACUACUUCUCGAUUACAUUCAAAUAAACUUAAAUCAGUGAUUGAGAUUAAAAUUCUACAAGAUAAUAAAUAUUAUAUGAUUUCAGAAUAACCAAAAGAUAUACAUAUAAAUUAUCCUUAAUCAAAAGUUAAAGAUUAAGUAGAAACCUUAUAUUCAUAGUUUUUUGGAAGUAUUAAUAGAAAAAGAGCUAUUACUAUUAGCAAUGGACCUUAAAAUGAAAUUGAGUUUGAUUAUAAAUCAACAAAUUUGGAAGAUAAAAUUAAAAUCCAUAAAUUUUGA